AUGCGUUGCCUCAUCCCUCUCGCGGCGUCGGCCGCGGCCGUCUCCGUGCGCAUCGCUACGCCCUGCCCCGCGAACACCGUACCGUGGGGCGACGGGAGCUGCGAGCCGUUCUCCACGGCAAAGCGGGACGCGCUCAAGUGGCUGCGGAAGAACGCGCCGCCGUCGGACCUGCGAAACGUGGCGACGCUCUUCGGGACGCCCGGCGGCGUGGACGGCCUCGACGCCGGCGUGGCGGCCGUGGCCGCGAACGCGACGCUGACCGCAAAAAUGAGGUGGCCCUGGGCUUGGGGUGUGCCACGCGACAUAUUUCGUGAUUACGUCUUGCCCUAUGCUUCCGCAAACGAGCCGCGGACGCACUGGCACGGCCUGCUGGCCAAGGCCGUUGAGCCGAUCCUCGAGGCGCUGCCCCGGCACGCUUCUAUUGCCGACGUGGCCGAGGCGAUCAAUGGCUACGGCGGCAACAGUUCGGUCUGGCAAAAUGUCGGCGGCGUCAAGUUUCAUAGCGGCCAGACACCCCUCAUCUAUGACCCCGUGUCCACGGUUGCAUUUGGCUAUGCGUCAUGUACCGGGGUGUCUACGACCUACAUCGCCGCGCUGCGAGUCGCCGGAAUCCCGGCGAGGCUGGUCGGCACGCCGGCGUGGCUCGGAGACCCCACGAAGGGCAACCACAACUGGGUCGAGCUCUGGGACGGCGUCUCAUGGCGCUUCUGGGAGGGCCGACCGGCGGGCGGUGGCGAGACGCUGACCAAUCCCUGUGACAAGUGGUUCUGUAAGGCGGCGCGAUUCCCGGUGAACGGCUCGACCAAGGUCUACGCGGCGCGCUUCGACCGCCACUCGAAUCAGACGGUAUACCCGCUGGCGUGGGACCCAUCCAACCUAGAUACGCCCGGCAUCGACCGCACGAACGCAUAUGUGGGGAUGUGCUCGAAUUGUUAA